AAUUUUGAUUUUUGACAAAUCAACUAUUUGGGUAUUUGGCACUUUAAACUUCAACUUUGGCAGAAAUUGCCGAUAACCUCGUGAAAGUAUUGAUGAAAUAUAAUUGCAUUAAUUCGCUUUUAGUAUUAAUUUACUAAGUAUUUCAAUAAUAUUAGGUACAAUUUAUCAUUAAGUUAACCAUGACAGAGGAGCAGAUAAAUGACUUAUCUCUUAAUGAGGAUGAUGUGGUGGAUCCAUGGAAUGUAGCUGGGAAAUCUCAAACCGGAAUUGAUUAUGAUAAGUUGAUCAAAAGAUUUGGCAGUCAGAAAAUUGAUGAGGAAGUUAUUGCGAGAUUUGAAAAAGUAACAGGAAAAAGAGCGCAUCACUUUUUAAGGCGAGGCAUAUUCUUCUCCCACAGAGAUAUACACAGUAUUUUGAAUCUCUUCGAGUCUGGCAAGAAGUUCUACCUAUACACAGGUAGAGGACCUUCCUCAGACAGUAUGCACAUUGGGCACAUGAUUCCAUUUAUGUUUACGAAAUGGUUACAAGAAGUAUUUGAUGUUCCUUUAAUUAUUCAACUCACUGAUGAUGAGAAAAUUCUGUGGAGGGAUAUUAAGGUUGAAGAUGCUCGGCAAAUGGCUCACUCUAAUGCCAAGGACAUUAUAGCAGUUGGUUUUGAUCCUUCCAACACUUUCAUCUUUAAUGAUCUAGAUUUUAUUGGACAGUGUCCAGCAUUUUACCAGAACAUGCUAAGAAUACAGAAAUGUGUUACUUUCAACCAAGUGAAGGGUAUAUUUGGUUUUGGGGACUCUGAUAUCAUCGGAAAAAUUACUUUUCCCUCGAUAGAAGCUGCUCCAGCAUUCUCAACAACAUUUCCCUUUAUUUUCGGCAAUAAAGUAGUUCCUUGCCUCGUCCCGUGCGCCAUCGACCAGGACCCGUACUUCCGCAUGACCCGCGACGUGGCGGCGCGCCUGAAGCUGCCCAAGCCGUCGCUGCUGCACGCCACGUUCCUGCCGGCGCUGCAGGGCGCGCAGCACAAGAUGUCCGCCAGCGACCCCAACGCCUCCAUCUUUCUCAACGACACGCCCAAGCAGAUCAAGAACAAGAUAAAUAAAUAUGCUUUCUCGGGCGGUCAACCAACUGUCGAGGAGCACAGAGAGAAGGGUGGUAACUCAGAAGUAGAUAUAUCAUUCAAAUACCUAACUUUUUUCCUGGAAGAUGAUGACAGAUUAGCUGAGAUUAAAAAAUUAUACGAAUCGGGUCAAAUGUUAACUGGAGAAUUGAAGAAAAUAGCCAUAGACACCAUCACACCCAUCAUACAAGACUAUCAAGCGCGAAGGGCCAAGGUCACGGACGAAGUUAUGAAAGAAUUCUUUGCUAUACGGAAAUUAAAUUUCCAAUUGUGAAAUAACUUAUGAUUUUAUAUUACAAAAUGCAUAUUAAAAAAAUGUCCGAAUAUUCAAUAAAUAAAUUAAAUCGAUAUUGUUAAACUAUUAUUAACGCGUUGCUCUGUGGAUAACAUUUCAAGGUUCAGUACACCGGAGGUACACAAGACAAAUACUCAGUUUUAUCUUAUAAUUGUAUAAAGGUAUUUAUAUAUAAUAUUGAGUUAUUAUUAAGAAGACGGCAAUAUC